UUGUCUUUUUAUGACAUGGAUACAUCAAUUGAACCCCUAUAAGAUACAUGAUCUAAGGCAAUAAAUCCAAGUGGCCCAUCAGGGGGGGAAAGAAGAAAAAGAACUAAAACCAUGGGCUCUGAAGCACCCAGGCUUCCUGUUCUCAAUUUUUCCACUGGAACCUUGAAGCCUGGUACAAAAUCAUGGCUUUUGGCAUGCAAAGAUGUCCUGCAUGCACUUGAGGAAUAUGGUUGUUUCGUAGCAGUGUAUGAUAAAGUUUCUUCAGAGCUUGACAACACAACGUUCUGUCAAUUAGAAGAAUUGUUCGAUCUCCCCACAGAAACCAAAGUCAAAAACACUUCUGAUAAGCCAUAUUUUGGCUAUAUCGGCCAGCAUCCCCUUAUUCCUCUUCAUGAAAGCAUGGGGAUUGGAGAUGCAACAACGCUCAAAGGAGUUGAAAGUUUCACAAACAUCAUGUGGCCUGCAGGAAAUGAUCAUUUCUGUGAAACUGUGCUUUCAUACUCAAAGCUAGUGUCAGAAUUAGAACAAAUGAUGAAGAAAAUGGUCUUUGAAAGCUAUGAUGCAGAGAAGUACUAUGACUCUCACAUUCAAUCAACCACUUACCUUCUCCGACUCAUCAAAUACAGAGGACCCCAGAAGAAUGAGACUUGCAUUGGUACUUCAUGUCACACUGACAAGAGCUUCAUAACCGUACUUCACCAAAACGAAGUCUGCGGUUUAGAGAUACGAACGAAGGAUGGCGAGUGGAUUUCUUUCAAACCUUCUCCCUCAUCCUAUGUUGUCAUGGCAGGGGAUGCACUAUUGGCAUGGAGCAAUGGCAGAAUACAUUCUCCCGAGCAUCGGGUCAUCAUGAAUGGGAAUAAAGCGAGGUACUCAAUCGGUCUAUUUGCAUACCAUAGUGGGAUUAUAGAAAUACCAGAAGAGCUAGCCGAUGAAGAACACCCAUUACAGUUCAAGCCAUUUAAUCAUUAUGGAUUACUUCAUUUCUACUUCACAAAUAAGGCUGGGCAAGCUGAAUCCACUGCCAAAGCCUACUGUGGUGUUUGAUCUUUUUAGUGUCAUGGCCAGGUUUCUGGUACUCGUAGUAUCACAAAUAUGCAGAUUUCUUACUGCCUUUUUUUUCUGGUACAUUGUCUAAUAAUAUCAAGGAGUUGGUUUCUUCUUCUCUGGGAAUAGAAACCACCAUGUUCUCUGCAAUCACAUGAAUGUAACUGUUGUAUGCUGUAUUGACUUAUUUUCUUAUGUCUGCAAAUGUCACACUCUUCUGUGUUUA